UUCACAGAUUGUACGUCAUGUUGGUGUCCUUGCAUAAUGUAUGGGAAAAACCGGCAGCGACUUGAUCACUUGCAAGACAACGACACGGCGGAUCCGGAACAUGGUGGUUCGGGCUGUGGUCCUGAUUGUGUCAUGCAUCUAUUACUCAAUUUUUGCGGUGGUUUUGGCUGGGUACUGCAGGUUGGCCAAAGGGGAACGUUGAGAACGCGUUACCACAUUGACGGAAACCUUGUCAACGAUUGCCUAACUGCAUACUUUUGCACCCCAUGUGAACUCACCCAAGAGAGUCGAGAAUUGCAAGAGGAGGAAACAGCUAUUUCUAACACCAACACCGAGGGGCAGACUCAUGACACGUAA